UGUAGAGGAGGUUUAGCUUAACUGUUUUCGUUUUGUGUUGUGUGUCAGUUAAAACAUUUAUUUGUCACUAUGUCAGACAUACGCCAAGCCUCUCGUGACUUUUUCAUAGAAUUCAUUGAACUAUACAAGAGUUUCCCUUGUUUAUGGCAAAUCAAACAUAAAGACUAUUCUGACAGGAACAAGAAAGACCUGGCCUAUGUAGAAUUGAUCAACAAAUAUAGAGAAGUCGACCCUGCUGCAGACAGGGCAAUUGUUGUAAAAAAAAUUAACUCGUUUAGAACAGUGUACAAAAAGGAAGUGGGGAAAAUUAACAGAUCCCUCAAAUCUGGAGCAGGUGCUAAUGAAGUAUACAAACCUAAAUUAUGGUAUUUUGAACUUCUUCAUUUUUUGAAUUAUAUUGAACCAUCAAGGAAGUCCACAAGCACAAUCGAUGAAUCUGAUGAAGAAACUAUGAUUGAGGUGCAGAACGAUGAACUUGAAGAUCAGGCGAGUCUGAAUGUUAGUGAGAGGUCUGAAACCCAUCUAACAGGUACCACACAGUGUGUGACUCCAUCAAUACCAAGCACAUCGUUGAGUCUACCUAAUAAAAGGAAACUACAUGUGGUUGAGACUGCGAUGCUAGAAACAAUGAAAAGGGUUGGAGAUAAACUUAAUUCAGUGAAAGAAAGUGACCCACAUGACAUUUUCGGCAAACAUGUAGCCGACAGACUGCGCAACCUCAAACCUCAUCAACUGAAAUUUGCUCAAAAAUUAAUUUCAGAUGUUCUGUUUGAGGCAGACAUGGAAUCGUUAAACAGAUUUUGUAGGAUUACCGGCACUGUGGAUCCAGUACCACAAUACAGCGGUCAUACUACUUCAUAGAAAGAAAUAAAAG